AUGCUUAGCCGUGCUAUGCUGCCUCUGACGAGGCCCAACAUCCUUGCUUCUACCACUCGUGUUUCAGCCCUGUCGACCCCUCGCUCGCGAUGGUACGCAAAGAACAAUAAACCCAAGACGCCAUACAAGGUCCCAGACUCGGUCAAGCCCUCCAAGCCGGAGCAAUCAGGAAAUGCAUCGCAGGAGCAGUACUCGACGGAACAAGCGGAAUUCGACACCAAGGCCGAUCCGCAGCAGAACACUGCUAACAGCACAUCGUCAGCUCCCGAAUCCGACCCCACCACUACCGAGAAGAGCGCACCUCGAAAGCCGCUUCCCGACCUCACGCAGGGUAUCCCUUCGACCUUGGCGGCAGAGCUGGAAGGCCGCACCAAAGGUCAGACACCAUUUAACCUGACCGAAGAUCCCAGCCAAGCAGAAGAUGAGUACGAUGACGGUGGCCGAGGCGACAUUCCCAAGGACGGCUACGUCUCGUCUACGGAUCGCCGCAGGGCCCGCAUGGCGAACCUGAUGUGGAUUCUGUUCGCGCUUGGAGCAGUUGGUGGUACUGCAUACUUGGGACGCAAUUGGGAAACUGAGGAGGAGGAGAGGGCUCACCCGGAGCAGCCCUCUGGUUGGGGCGUGGGCCUCUUGUACAACCGCAUCAAGGCCCGUAUGAACGACAUCACCAGCUACUACAAGGAUCCUCCGUUCCCCAAGCUGCUGCCGGACGAGGACCCCAAUAUGCGCCAGCCUUACACCCUGGUGAUCAGUUUGGAAGAUCUGAUGGUGCAUAGUGAGUGGAGCCGGGAGCACGGAUGGCGGGUUGCCAAGCGACCUGGAAUUGACUACUUCCUCCGCUACCUGAAUCAGUACUAUGAGCUUGUGCUUUUCACUAGUGUGCCCAGCAUGAUGGCAGAUCAGGUGCUCCGAAAACUGGAUCCUUAUCGUAUCAUUCGCUGGCCCUUGUUCCGGGAGGCGACCCGGUACAAGGAUGGAGAGUACAUUAAGGACCUUUCGUAUCUGAACCGUGACUUGUCUAAGGUGAUCAUGAUCGACACCAAGGAAGAGCACGCCCGUUUGCAGCCCGAAAACGCUAUUAUCCUCAACAAGUGGCAGGGUGACCCCAAGGACAAGAAGCUCGUCGCCUUGAUUCCCUUCCUCGAGUACAUCGCUGGUAUGGGCAUUGACGAUGUGCGCUCAGUCCUGAAGUCGUUCGAGGGUACCGACAUCCCCAUCGAGUUUGCCAAGCGCGAAAAGGCCAUGCGCGAACGAUUUCAGAAGGAAGUUGCCGAGGAGCAGAAGAAGAAGCCUCGUGUGAGUGUGGGCAGCUUGGCCACGGCCCUGGGACUCAAGUCCAACCGCACUUUGGAUGGUGAGCAGACUCCAUCUGAGGGGUUGGCACAAGGUAAGAUGCUCUGGGACCAGAUCCGUGAGCGGGGCCAGAAGAAUUAUGAGAUGAUCGACCGGGAGAUCCGCGAGAACGGUGAGAAGUGGCUGGCUGAGAUGGCUGCAGAGGAAGAAAAGUUCCGAGAGGAGCAGAUGAAGAGCAUGAAGGGAUCUUUCACCAGCAUGUUCGGAGCUGGUGGCGGUGAGGAGAAGAAGCAGUAA